AACAAGACUCAGUCCAGACUCAAACACAUCUGUUGUCAUAUAGUCUCCAGUGUUAGGCACAGACAAGGAGAGAGAGAGUGAACACCAGUGGGUCUGUUGCAUUAGCUUCGAUGUGUGGACAUAAAGCUAUAGUUUAUACUUUGCAAACACAAAUGCUCACUUUUGACGAGCUUAGGCUAAACCAUGUUCCACUGUAAACAAAUAUGGGGCUGUGUGAGAGGAAUGGAGUUUGGUAUGACAACGCGGCCGCCGACUGCCAGAUUCGUGCUGAAGAUCAGAGAUGAGAUAAGACGAACAGAUAGCCAACAUUUCAUAUGCCUCAGUCAUGUUGUAGAAUCCAUCAGCAGUAUUUUGGGACCGUUUUGGACAGAUAAGAAGGACAGUUGUAUUGUAGAAUUAGGAUAGAUUAUGGAAUUAAGCAUUUUUCUCAAAUACUUGGAGCUAUAAGAGAACGCACAUUAGAGGAAAUGUAAUGCAUACAAGUCUUAAAACAGACAAAUUGCCCCUCAAAUGCAAAUAAAUAUUCAAAUCAACAAUAAACAGACUGACAGGCAGGGAACAGGCUGCUAAACUUGCUGUACUGUGAGCCGAACUGUUUCAUCAUAGUUUGAUGUCUCAGUGUGUAUUUUAUCUCUUGCUACAGUGUCUGAAUAUACUCACUAUUUGUCAUGAGUUUUUUUCUGACCCCCACUCAACUGAAGUUACUCUGUAUAGCUCCAUCUAUUACAUUAAACUUAAGUAGGACUCAUCACUCAGCUGCGGCAUUCCCAUAGUCGUUGAAACUCACCUUGUGAGACUGGUAUGGCUUGUUUCGCCCAGUUCUUCCUCUCCACCAAUCACCUGCCUUCAAAGUUGUUCUGGAGCAGGAAUGGGCACUAACUAACUAGCCACAAGUUGGGCUGCCUGAAACACUUCCCCUUUGACAUCAUUGUUAUGAUGGUUGCGCUGUCUCUCUGGAAAUUUACUGCUGCUCUCGGUGGAGACUGAUCCGGUGAGUGGCUUUUUCAAGCUGUUCAGCAGAGGUCGACUUGACAGGUGUCACUCAAGAUGGAUGUCAAGAAAAAGACCUUCUUGGAGAAUUUGCGUCUGAAAACUAAGUUGGGCAACCUGAAGAAGCCAAAGAAGAAGGCUCUUGCCAAACAAGGAAGAAACCUGGCCCACCGGCGCAGUAUUUCUGUACCAGACCUGAGCUUUGUGCCAGGUGGAGCAUUCUCUACAGACAACGCCUUGGUGUACACUCCCAAUGAUGCCAUCUUCUUUGGCCAUUCCCCUGGUCAGAGUGAUACUGAUUCUAUUGCAAGUGGUUCGAUCGGUGAUGGACCCUACUUCACAGACAAACUGAACGAUUCAGUCCCAGAAAUUAGACUCCACGGUCCCACAGAUCGCACAACUGCUGCUUUGAACAGAGUAAGUGCCCCAGCGGGGACACCUGGCCUUUAUGAGGAAAUUGAUGAUAUGAUGAAUUUAGCCUCACAGAACAAGGUGAACAUGACUCCAGAAGGCUUGUAUGCUCAACCUGAUAAAAGGGCCAAAGGGAAUGCAACUAAAUUUCCUUUUGAACCUAUUCCUGCACCAAGAUCGGUUUUUACCAAUGCACUUUCCCCAAGACCAGACCACGUAGAGAGAGCCAGUGUCUCUAGUGAAGAUAUCCCAGCUGACAGAGUGCUUUCAGGGAAUGUUUCUGCAGUUCUGGCCAGAGCAAGCUCACUGGGAGAACAAAUGUACCCUUCCACAGAAAAGAGGACCACAUCAUUUGAGUAUAGACAGCCAUCAUCUGAAAAAGGAACUCCGCCAGUAACCAGAGCAAAUGCUCUUGUAGAUAGAAAACCAUCAUCUGAAAAAGGAACUCCACCAGUAACCAGAGCAAAUGCUCUUGCAGAUAGAAAACCAUCAUCUGAAAAAGGAACUCCACCAGUAACCAGAGCAAAUGGUCCUGCAGAUAGAAAACCAUCGUCUGAAAAAGGAACUCCACCAGUAACCAGAGCAAAUGCUCCUACAGAUAUGUCUCUGACAUUAGAUAAUCUGGGUAUUCCAUUAGAGAAUGCAGAUGGUACCUCUCUGGACUCUGCCUGUGGCAGUCCCUUCGAGGAGCAAGUCUUCAUGUCCUGGGUGACAGAGCAGGAGGAACUGGACCGAGAACCCUACUCUCCUUUUUUGAUGAGAGACUACUCUAUGGAAGAAGCUCUGCUAGAAGAAACCCCGGCUGAGGAGGCCCUGGAAGAUAUCGCAGAGAUGUCCAGUGAACCAUCUGAGUUUUUUGAUGAAAUGUUGCAAGAUCCUCUGGAAAGCACUCAGGUUGUGACGACAGGGCCUGAUGUCCAAGCACCUACCCAGUGCCAGCGAUACCUCCUGAACAUCAACCUAAAGCAGGGAAAAAACCUUGUCAUCCGAGACAAACGCUCCGGGACCAGUGAUCCUUACGUGAAGUUCAAACUUGAAGGAAAACAGUUCUAUAAAAGCAAAGUGGUUUAUAAAAGCCUGAAUCCACGGUGGAACGAGUCCUUCUCCCAUCCUCUUCGAGACAGACAGCAUGACGUGGAAGUUCGGGUCUACGAUAAAAAUCGGACUGCUGAUGAGUUCAUGGGUUCCGGCAUGAUUUCUCUUAAAAAUCUUGAUUUGUACAGAACCUAUGAAAUGGAGGUGCGUCUUGAUGAUCCAAAAAGUAAAGAAGAUGACAUGGGAUUUAUUGUUGUUGAAGUGUGCUUGAUGUUUAGAGAUGCCACCGUCAAAAGGCCCCCGAGAUGGCCACAAAGAAAGAAACAGCAGAACCAGGCCACGCCAUCCCCGCGGUCAGCUGAGACGCAGAAGAAUCAGCUGAAGAACCAGAUGUGGACUGGGGUGCUUGGUAUCACCUUGGUGCAGGGACAGGACCUGCCACAGCAUGGCCAUGGGGACGUUUACGUCCGCUUUCGCCUUGGUGAUCAGAAGUACAGGAGCAAGAACCUUUGCAUUCAGGCCAAUCCCCAGUGGAGAGAGCAGUUUGACUUCAAUCAGUCUGAAGAUAACCAGGAACCUCUGCAGGUGGAGGUGUUCUCAAAGAGAGGGAGGAAGGGUGAGGAAUCAUGGGGGAUGUUUGAGAUUGACCUAUCGCGACUUCCACUUAAUGAGAGGCAGCUCUACACUCAUGUACUGGACCCCGGAAAGGGCAGUCUGGUGUUUCUGGUCACCCCGAGACCCUGCUGGGGAGUCUCCAUCUCUGACAUGGAAACAGCUACCCUGGAAAAGCCUGAAGAGAGAGACACAAUAGUGGAUAAAUUUAGCUUAAAGAACUCGCACAAGUGUGUGGGGGAGGUUGGUUUCCUUCAGGUCAAAAUUGUAAAGGCAAAUGAUCUUCCCGCCACAGACCUCAAUGGAAAAAGCAACCCUUUAUGUGUUGUUGAACUCGGUAACAGCAAACUUCAAACUCACACAAUCUACAAGAACCUCAAUCCGGAGUGGAACAAAGCCCUUACAUUCCCAAUUAAAGACAUUCAUGAUGUGAUAGAGUUGACUGUCCUGGAUGAAAAUGGAGACAAAGCCCCAAACUUUAUUGGGAAAGUGGCCAUUCCAUUACUGACGGUGCAAAAUGGACAGGAGAUAUCUCUGUUCUUGAAGAAAGAAAACUUGGGAAGUACAUCAAAAGGAACCAUCACACUGGUGCUGGAGGUUAUCUAUAACAAAGUCAGAGCUGGUAUCAAAACCUUCCAGCCGAAGGAGGCAAAAUUAAUGGAGGAAAACCAGAAGUUCUCCAAAAAGGUUCUUGCCCGGAAUAUAUAUCGGGUUCGAAAAAUCAGCACAGCAGUUCUGUACACGUUACAGUACAUUAAAAGCUGUUUUCAAUGGGAGAGCACGCAACGGAGUCUAAUAGCCUUUCUGAUCUUCCUUGUGACGGUGUGGCACUGGGAGCUCUUCAUGCUUCCCCUCUUCCUGCUUCUGAUCAUUGGCUGGCACUACUUCCAGCUCUCUGCAGGGAAGGCCAACUCCAACCAGGACCUGGUGAACAUGAGCAUGGGUGACGACGAAGAGGAAGACGAGAAGGAAUCUGGAAAAAAGGGUUUGAUGGAUAAGAUACAUAUGGUGCAGGAAGUGUUGCUGGUUGUCCAGAACGUUUUGGAGGAAAUCGCAAACAUCGGGGAGCGAAUCAGGAACAUAGUCAACUGGUCCGUCCCGUUCCUGUCGUGCCUGGCCUGCCUGGUGCUGUUUGUGGCAACAACGCUGUUAUAUUUCGUCCCUCUGCGAUAUCUUGUGCUGAUAUGGGGCGUUAACAAAUUUACCAAGAAGCUGCGCAACCCAUAUACUAUUGACAAUAAUGAAAUACUGGAUUUCCUCAAGAGGGUGCCUUCUGAUGUUCAAAAGGUGCAGCACAGCGCGCUGAGAGCGCCCACCAGCCAGAACCAGCCGAAGAAGAAAAGGUAGACUCCGCAGACACGCUGGAUGAAAGGCUGUUCUCCUUUUGAAUACGGUACGACGCAGUCCACCUGACAACAAUGCUCCAGUGCCAGCAGAGCCCAUGACCCUGUGCACCCCACCAUACCACCCUAACUCUGCCCCCUGCUGCUGAGGGGCAGCCAGCCGCUCUCUGGCUUGUGUGUUUGCCACCCCCCUGACAGAGGCUGUGAACUGCAGCAGCUAGGAGGGCAGCACAUGGCGCUGUCAAUCACAAGCCUGGAGGUAAAGAAAAGAGAGCGCUGCAAGGCUCAGCCUUCAUCUUUGGAUAUAAUUUAGAAAAGGAAUGAAAAGCGUCGGGUUUGGCUUACCUUAGACCUCCACUGUCUUGCUGUUUUUUUCUUACUUUGGUGAAACUUAGAAAUUUGCCUUCAGGUUAAGUUUAUACAAGCUUAACAGUUUAUGGAAAACACACCGUGGCAAGGUUUUUCUUUAUCCAUGUGUUAAUAUAAUUACAGGUCAGAAGGUCAUGUAUAUUGCAGUAGAUUUUUAAAUAAUCAAAAUUACGUUUUGACGCACAUUUAAAAUAUUUUUACAUAAUAUUGAAUAUUGCCGUUCUUGUUGUGGUAAGGAUUUCCUGUAUAUAAUAUGCCAUCAGCAACAAAUCUAUAUUUAUGUAAUACGUGUGUAUUUUUUUCAGCUGACUUUAUGCUCAUGUAUAUUAGACUGAUUAAUUUGAGAGUUUUAUUGUUACUCAGUUUCUUGUCUUCAUCAUCAAAUUGAGAAUUUGCAGGAAUCCUGAAUAAAGAAUCUUGAUCAGUUUGA